AUGCAUAGUCCUCCUUCGGACAAUCUACAUAAUGAGAAUGGAGUCUUACAAGGAAAUGGAGCUUCAAGACCAGAAGAAAUAUUUUUCAGAAUGCUAAUUAUCUUGGCAGACAAAAUUGCGAUGAUGGAACCGAAUGUGUUGGGUCGCCCAAGAGCAGUAAAUGUAACGGCAGUAAAUGUAAUGGCAUCGAUGAAAGAAGGGAAGAUCGUAAAGUUUAUGUUCGGGGCGUCAGUUUGCAGUGGAAUUCAACAGGAAAUGAACAAGAUGUUGUAUGAGAACAGCAAAUCAAUAGCAAUGUUGAGGCAGCCGAAGACACCGUGUCGUCUUGUAGUCCCGAACGUUCAAUCUACCGAAGCAAGGAUUCCUGAAACCAUGUGUCAUGUGACGAAGGGUGAAAAGCAGGAUGAAUCUCGAGAAGGUUGCAAGAUUCUGGAAAAUCCAUUUAUGUUAGUCGAAACGAUCGCAAAUAAAAAAGAUCGUAAACGCGUUGCAAAUUAUCUUAACCGUAAUCUUGAAACUGGGGAUCCUUCUACUUGUAUAUGUGAUAUGGAAAUCAUUAAGGAGCAUGGGUUUGAUCAUAUCAUUACCAUUGGGGAAAGUCACGCUGGAGUUCUUUUCCUGGACUGCUACGGUCGUGUGUUCGAAUGGUCCUCAAUGUGUAAUGUUUUAUGGUCACUUGGGGAUUAUUGA